AUUUUUAUAGUACAUAUUAUUUACAUUUAUUUGUGGAAUAUUUAGAUUACAUUUUUCUUUCAAUUUUUCUCGCUCAAGAAAAAUAUUUUCCGGUGUUAAAAAAUGGGAACACAACUACAAGAUAUUCAAGAUUAUACUAAUUAUAUUAAAUGUGGUGAAAUUUUAAAACCUCCAUUGCAAAAUUUUCAACAAUCGAUUAUAUUUAAAUGUUUUGAAUGUAAAGAAGUUCAUUUUAUUCUCGAAUCCUUUAUUACACAUAUUCAGAAACAUUUUAAAGAUAUUUUAUCAUUAGAGGAACAUGACAGUAAAACUCUAUUUGAAAAUGUUCACGAUGUUGAAAUGGAAAAUGAUGGAGUUGGUAUUAAAAAUCUUGCCAUUAAAUUAGAAGAAUUAGAAGAUCCAUUAAUCCCUGUCAAAUGUGAACUUGGUGAAGAAAAAUCUACCAAUAUCAGUACUAAAAAGUACGACGAUGAAUUUGAGGAUGUAUUAGAUAGUCCAGAUGAAUUUCAACCCGAUGAUGAUGAUUCCGAUUCAGAUGAAAAUCAUCUUAAAAAAGAAAAAGUCAAUAAAAGAAAGAAAACCUACACAGAUGAAACGGAAUCUGAUGACUCUGAAACAGAUGAGGAGGAGGUAAUAAAAAAAACGACAAAUAAAAGAAAGAAAAAAACUACAGAAACCAGCAAUAAAAAAAGGAAAAAUUCCCCAGAUGAAACAGAAACAGAUGACUCUGAAACGGAUGAAGAGGAGAUAAUAAAAAAACCGGCAAAUAGGAGAAAGCAAAAAUCUUUAGAUGAAACAAAAUCCGAUGACUCAGAAACGGAUGCAGAUGAGUUAAUGGAGGAUACAUCCACAAAUAAAAGCAAAAUCAAAUCACCAAUCGUUGAGGAAUUCAUAAAAUCGAAACCAAAUGUUUUAACAUUAAUUGAUCUUUAUAAAAAUCAACCAAAUUUAUGGGACAGAUAUUCUCCAUUUUAUCGCUUAAAAGACAAAAGGAAUCAAUUUUUAGAGGAUAUUACACAGGAACUUAAUGCAAAAUGUUCUUUAGAACUUUCCUCGAAUGAUACUGGAGAAAUACUGGCAUUUAUUUGUUCAAAGCAUAAAGAUGAUCUAAAGAAAAUGCGCUAUCAAAACAGAAGGAAAAAGGGAAAGAAAAACAGUAAAACCCCACGGAAAUAUGAAAUUAAAUCGGAAAAGAAAACUAAAUAUUACUGGUUUUUCGAUCACUUGCAUUUUCUCCGAUCAAAAGUUGUAUUUCGUAUGGAACAUCUAGAUUCAGAUCUACCUGAUUUAACAUCAGAACAAAUUAUAAAAAUAUUAGAAAUAUAUAAAAGCUUUCCACAUCUUUGGAAUACGUAUCUUAUUGAACACAUAUGUUUAAAUAAACGAAAUGAUGCUCUAGACGAAAUGUUAAAAUCCUUAGAAGCCAAUAUGAAUCUUAAGAUUAGUACAAAUGUACUAGAACAAUAUAUACAUACCAUACAUGAAUAUUGUGCAAGAGAAAAAAGGAAAAAAUUAGGAAUUUCUACACCAGAUGAUUUGCAAAAUUCUUCGAAUAGUUCACCCAACUAUUACGAGCAUAUGACAUUCUUGGAAGAUCACGAGGGUCCUCUGAGUUGUCCUGAAUGCAAUCAUAUUUAUAACAAGCCAUUGUGUUUUAGAAUUCAUAAAGCCCAACAUGACGGUUCACCAGCUCUUAAAUGCUCACAAUGUGAUCAGGAAUGUAAAACCGUUGCUUCUUACACCACACAUGCCAAACGUCAUCUAGAUGAUCUUCAAUUUGCAUGCAAAGAAUGUGGUACGAAAUUUCUACGACAUACCGAUCUCCAAAAGCAUAUGGUAACUCACACCGAUGCCAGACCAUAUUGUUGUGAAAUCUGCGGGGCAUCCUAUCGUCAUUCUACUAGUUUUAGAAAACACCAAAGGCAACAUGAAAAACGUUAUUCUCAUACAUGUCAUAUUUGCUCAAAAGGUUAUUACCGCAAGUAUCGUUACAUCGAUCAUAUGAAUUCGCAUAUGAAUAUACGUCAACAUAUCUGUAACAUAUGUGGCAAAGGUUUUAUUACCAGCAGAGCACUAAAAACUCAUGCUGUGACCCAUGAGGAAGCAAGAAAUCAUGCGUGUAAACUUUGUGGCAAAACAUUUAAGCUUAAAAUUGGUGUUCUACAGCAUAUGCGAACACAUGGAAGUAAAGUUGAAACGGAGAAAAGUAGUUUACUCUUUUAAAUGUCGUUAUGAAUAUUAUAAUUAAAUAAUGAAAAAUUUACUCAAUAUCAAUUUAUAUGUUUGAUGCUAGAUUUGAAAAUGUUCAUCAUUAGCAUUUUUGAGAUUUCUCUGUACUAGAAAAGUUUUUAUUGUGAAAAGUUUAAUUGAAAACAAGUAAGAGUGCUAUAUUCGGCUGUGCCGAAUCUUAUAUACCCUUCACCAUAGUGUAUUUUAAACAUCUUUUAUAAAUUUUAAAUUUUUU